AUGUACACCGCCAGGAAGAAGAUCCAGAAGGACAAGGGCGUCGAGCCCUCCGAGUUCGAGGACACCGUUGCGCAGGCUUUCUUUGACCUGGAGAAUGGCAACCAGGAGCUCAAGAGCGACCUCAAGGACCUGUACAUCAACACUGCAAUCCAGAUGGAUGUUGUUGGCAACAGGAAGGCCGUGGUGAUCCAUGUGCCGUACCGUCUGCGCAAGCCCUUCAGGAAGAUCCAUGUCAGGCUCGUCAGGGAGCUGGAGAAGAAGUUUAGCGGCAAGGAUGUUGUCUUUGUUGCAACAAGAAGGAUUGUGAGGCCACCCAAGAAGGGUUCUGCUGUUCAGCGCCCUCGCACCAGGACCCUGACAGCUGUUCAUGAUGGUAUCUUGGAGGAUGUCGUGUACCCAGCUGAGAUUGUGGGGAAGCGUGUCAGAUACCGUUUGGAUGGUGCCAAGGUCAUCAAGAUCUACUUGGACCCAAAGGAGCGCAACAACACUGAAUACAAGCUGGAGACCUUCUCUGCAGUCUACCGCAGGCUUUGUGGGAAAGACGUUGUCUUUGAGUACCCUGUGACUGAAACCGCCUGA